UUUGUGAAAAGUUAUUGACGUGUAAAACUUUAAGGAUUGAUUUUAUUUUUCUUGAAGAGAUGUCUGAAGAAUUAGGAAAACCAUCAUAUGACUGUGACAUCUGCAAAGAGUCAUUCUUAGAAGAAAGUAAAUUUAAUCAACACAAACAAAUUCAUACAGGGGAGAAACCAUAUCACUGUGAUAUCUGUGGUAAAUCAUUCUCCACUGGUAGCAAUUUAACUACACACAUAUGUAUUCAUACAGGUGAGCAACCAUAUCACUGCGAUAUCUGUGGCAAGUCUUUUUCUAAAAAGGGUAUCUUAAGUACACACGUACUUACUCAUACUGGGCUUAAACCAUAUUGUUGUGAUAUCUGCAGUAAAUCAUUCACACAAAAACAUCACUUAAUUAGACACAAGUGUAUUCAUUAUGCAAAGGAUCCAUAGCACAGUGACUAUUCUUGUAUAACAUUCCCUCAGAAGGACAAGCUUGGACCUUAUAAAGAACUCAACACAUGAUAGAAACUAUAUGAAUGUGACAUCUAUAGUAAAUCUUUGACAUGAAAUCAUCCAUCAUUGAAUCAAGAGAGCAUUGACAGAGGAAGGAAAACCUAUCACUGUGAUGUUAAACCUGAAUCAUUCUUUCAAAAUGGUGAAUUGUUUGUACACAGUCCUAUUAAUAUGAAAGAUAUAACUGUAACCUAAGCUAUUCAUGCUAAAUCAAUCGAUGAAAAUAGAUCAAUUAUUGAAAUGUAAAUGCAUUCAUACAGAAGAGGAACCACAAUGAUGAUGAUCCUCAUCAUUUGACAUUCUCCUAUUCAUGCUUCUGUGGAUCAGAUGGAAUUCAUUGAUGGAGAUUUUCUACAUCUGGGUACCUUUCUUGUGUCCAAUCCUCACCUGUUUCCAAGCAAGGAAUAUUUUCCCUGGUGAGACUUAUUUUACACAGAAGACUGGAAAUGAACAACUGCACAAUUAUGACGGUCAUGAUGGCCAUUUACGAACACCACAUAAUAUCUGGGCAAGGGUACACACACACACAGAUGUAUGUCUGAAGAAUUUCUUAUAGGAAAUCUUUUACAUUUUUAAUUAACAUCUAAAUAUUUGUAAUUCCUAUUAGGAAA